AUGUCGGAAGGCGGGCGUCCCAAGUCGUCCGCGGCGGUUCGGCCUCCUCUGGGCGACGCUACUUAUCGGAUCAACAACAACCUGCCCAACGCAUCAGCCAAGUCGCCCAAGUCUCAUGGCCCCGAAGCCAACGGUGCUCGAAUUGACCCUGUCGUUUCACUCGUCAAUCCUGAUAUUGAGAUGUCGGAUGAACCUACUGUGUCCGAGCCGCAUGCUCACGACGGAGGCCACAACUGUGCUGCGCCGCCUUCGGGACCGCAACCGCGACAUCCGCGAACGAGGGCCGUCCAAGAAACCGACCCCUCUAAGCGAGUCUCGCAAGCAUCUACUGCCCCUUCGAGUAAUAGAAGCAGCAAUUGCAGCUACAAGACCCAGGUUGGGCCUUGGCAGCUGGGCAAGACGUUAGGGAAGGGGUCAUCAGCACGCGUUCGACUGUGCCGACACCGCCUCUCCGGAGAACUCGCUGCCGUCAAGAUCAUUCCGAAGAAGACGGCAUAUCUGAUUCAACACGGCAGCCUCGCCGCUCUCCACCAGUACGAUGAUAGUCUCCCAGACCGGAUCGACGGCGAAAUGCGUGUGCCAAUGUCCAUCGAGCGUGAAGUCGCCAUUCUCAAGCUUGUUGACCACCCCAACGUCAUGAAGGUGUACGAUAUUUGGGAGAAUCGCUCAGAAAUCUAUCUGGUGCUCGAAUACGUCGACAAGGGUGACCUCUUCGACUACAUCAAUACCAAUGGGCGUCUCAACGAGGAGGCGGCCAUGUACUUUUUUCGACAGAUCAUGAGCGCCAUGCAACAUUGCCACGCCUUCAACAUCUGUCAUCGCGACUUGAAGCCUGAGAACAUCCUGCUGAACGCCGAAAACCAGAUCAAGAUUGCAGACUUUGGCAUGGCUGCCUUGCAUCAGUCUGAAGGCCAUCGUCUUGAAACUGCGUGUGGCAGUCCACACUAUGCUGCGCCUGAGCUGCUGAAGAACAAGCACUACCGCGGAGACAGGGCUGAUGUAUGGUCAAUGGGUGUUAUUCUUUACGCCAUCCUGGCUGCUCGACUGCCUUUCGACGACCCCGACAUUCGCGUCCUCCUUGCAAGGACCAAAAAAGGGAUAUACGAGAUGCCCGAGUUUCUCAGUCCCGAAGCAAAGGACCUCAUAUGUCGCAUGCUCCAAGUCAAUCCAGACAUUCGAAUCAGUCUCAAAGACAUGUGGCGCCACCCCUUGAUUCGGAAGUACGAUUACCUCGACAGUUUUGGCACCAAAGCUGGGCAGCCACGAAACAUCCGUGAAGGUUUCGACUACACCCCUCUGAAGCCUCAGGAGGUCGACGACCAUCUAGUGAGACAAUUACGCUCGCUGUGGCACAUGUUCUCUGAACAUCAGAUCAAGCUCAUGCUUCUCGAUUCAUCUAAAAAUGAUCAAAAACUCUUUUACUGGCUGCUCCAGCAGUAUCGACAGAAACAACUGGAAAAUUUUCUUCCGGAAGUCUCUCAAUCACCGAGCGACUAUCAUCACCUUCACCAGCCAGCCUGGAAGAAGCGUGUGUCAACCUGCGAGUUCACUCAGCCGCGAGCUCACGGCCACGGCAGAAGCAUUUCCAAGUUUACUGUCAUCUCUAAUGUUCCUGACACCGACGUCGGUACGGUCAAGAGCUAUGAUCCGUACAACUCUAGUCGUCCCAUGCGUGCGAAUUCGCAAGUAAGCCAUGCCAGAAUUGUCGUGCACCGGAGAAAUCAACCCAGCAAGAGCUAUGCCCGAGAAGACACGUAUACCUCCCAGAUCACCAGGACGGGCACACGGUCGACUGGUCGCCACACACGAGUCGACUCGCAGCGAACUGCUGUUAGCGGUCGCUUCCCGUCAUCACGAGGCUCCAUGGGUUCAGUGGCGAGCAGUCGGCAGGGAGGAUCUUAUAGUCGCCCAGCUUCGCGCCGCAAACGCAGAGUCGACUUUUCCCAGGCCAGGAACCCAUCAGUCGAUCAUCGCCGCGGGAAGCAGAGCAUUCGACGGGGAGCAAUGAGCAACGCAAGUAACCCUCUAGCACCGCGUCAGUCAGAAAAGGCUUCUGAAAACGUCCUCAGUCCCCCGAAGCUCCGCAAGCACGUGGACAUCGAGAGAUCGCGCAUCGUUUCUGCACCUCCUAGAACGCCUCGAAGUCGGGCAGAUGCUGACGGACUGGAUUACCUGUCUCGCGUAGGCGAAACGAUUCGAGUCGUCAACUCUCCCACAGCAACAAGCCCCGUGCCAGCACCACUCAAUGUACGAAAGAAGCAUUCCCAUCAGCUAGCUAGUGCGGUCGAAGGCGCCGGCCUGCGUCAAGUGUACAUGCACGGUGCGAUUCACGAUAAUAGGCCUCCCGCGGGGCUGUCUGAGUCUCGCAUCAGUUCGCAGGGUACGGAUUCUGUACGGAAGAAAAAGUCCUGGUUCAAGCGAUCUGCCAAGGAGGAUGAUCAGCGCGAGGCGAGCAUCCGCACCAAACAGACUUGUAGCUCCCGUGAAACGACCGACACAAGGCCAUGUACUACGGCUACUCAGUCGACCAUCGACUAUAGCACUGAAGCGACGUCGCCGUCUCGCCACCAUUCUGGACAACUCUCGCCGCCUCAGAAGAAGAAGUCGUUUGGACUAUUGUUCUGGAAGAGUAACAAGGCAGAGAACCGCAUGAGCAUCGCUGGGCCCGAUUACGAGGACUCGCCAUCACCCGAAUCUCGCAAGACGGGACGAAGCAAAGCCAGCCACCAUGGGGACCAAAGCAUUGCGGAGUCAGAGUCUGGGGUUAGAAAAAUUGAAGUGCAUCAGACAUGGCUCGCACGCCUUUUUGGUGUGAAGCCGGCGACAAGCCACAUGUGCCUUGUCGUGUCUCGCAAGCGUGCACGCCAAGAGCUCGCCAUCCUGCUGAAGGACUGGCGGCGAUAUGGAAUCCGCGACAUCCAGGUGGAUAAGGAGAGAAACGUCGUGUUCGCCCGCAUUGGGUCGAAGAACUACCUGAACAUCAAGGAAGUUUCUUUUGCCAUGGAGAUCAUGACAGUCAUCGAGCACGGCAAGCGAGGGUCCUUGAGCAUUGUGCGUUUCACACAGGAACGAGGGGCCGCCAGCAGCUUUCAGAAGGUCGUGGACACGAUCAAGUCGGUAUUUGGAUCGCGUCACCUGCUGGUGACGGACAAGCGCAAGUCGAAGAUGAUGAUUAAGACGCUGAACUCAUGA